GAUGUUUCCAAGAGUAGAUAAACAGUGUUUAUCUACUCUUGAUGUUUCUCAGUUUUACACUAUUUACUUCAAGCCACAUGUACAGUAGGACCAGAUCAAGUGUACGUUACAGAAAUACUUGUACUCGUAUUAUUUUAGUACAAUUGCAACCCAGCUGAGAGUUCCAUUCAGAUUGCAAGAGUUCCUGGGAACAAUUCCGGAAAUUUAAUUGUACAGGUUCCAUUGCCCAGAUUUAGAAUUCUGUAAGAAAACGUGCCUUGUUGGAUAGGCACCACUGGCAAACACAGUCAAAACGAAAUUGUUGACUGGGUUAGCGGAAUAAGCAAACCCUUUGGAAUUUCCAGGCCAUGCCCGCUAGAAAGAAGAAAUCCAAGCCGAUCAGCAGUGGCUCGAAGGACUCGCAGGGAAAACUGCAUGGCCGCGGGACAGAGCGGUUCCCGUCCGGCGACGUAUUCACUGGGAGAUACAAGCAUGGCAUAAAGCAUGGCAAGGGCAUGUGGACAUUUAGUGAUGGCAGCCGCCUGUCUGCCACGUUCCGUGAUGAUGAAGCACACGGCCAGGGCACGUAUCAGUGGCCAGAUGGAAGUCAGCUUGUUGCUGCAUACUGCGAAGGACAGCUGAACGGGCCAGCCAUUAAAACUGACGGCACCGGCGACGUGGAAUGUUCUGGUAACUACGUGGAUAGUAUGCGUGAAGGCCGCUGGUAUGAGGUGGUUGAUGAGUAUGGUGCAUUUCUACUCGGUCAUCUUUCUAGCGAUGGAGACUGGACGGGUGAGGAAAUUGCGUACGUUUACCCAGACAAGCACCAUGCAUUACUGGGACAGUUUGAGGAUGGCGUUCUUCAAGAAGCUGCCCAUGCUACGUGCUCUGGUGACUCCGUGGAGACAUUUGCUAUCGUAGCCGAUAGCAGUUCUAAAGUUCAGAUGAAAGCAUGCAUGUCCACUGAAACGCAGAUCUGUGAAAAGCCUCUCAUCCCGGAUCGAUAUGAGAGCGCCACAGCAUACGUUGCCCCAUCACAGAUUCCAAAUUCUGGUGAAGGUCUGUUUGCCAAGCGACAGCUGAAAGCUGGAGAGCUUGUGGCAUACUACAACGGCGUUCGGCUAAGCCACUCCACGGUGGAUAGCCGAGACUGGAGUGAAAAUGGCAACUGCAUCUCUCUGGAUGACGACACGGUGAUUGACGUGCCACCAAAUCUCUCCAGUACGACAGUUUAUUGCGCCACUCUUGGUCACAAAGCCAACCAUUCGUUCACACCAAACUCGUGCUAUGCGCCGUGCCCUCACCCAGUGUACGGUGAGAUCAAGUGCAUCCACACCAUAGCUGAUGUAGAGGUGGGAGAAGAGAUAACCGUACAUUACGAUUAUAAUCACAUAUCGCAGGAUGGCAUGGAGAAACCUGCCCCGGACUGGUAUCUAAACAGCAAGCCAGCUUGAUAUGUCCUGCCCCUCUUUCUCUCUAGCAUGCAUUGCAGAUUAUCAUUUAAUUCAUUUUCAUAAUCUUUAUCUUGUUUUAUAAGGCCUAUAUCUUGUUUUUUGUUUUUUUUCUCAUGCAAAUAUUUUCCGUUUUUGGCCGGAAUCAGCGGCACCAUCUUGUGCUGAAACGGCAGCGCAGCAUUGCCUGUUCCCAUGACGAAGUAAAAUAAAAGAAUAUUACUGUAUUCAUGAGCUGUGCUCGUUUAGCGAAGUGUCAAUAUCCGUGCGAGUUCACGUGUGCUGCUUCACAUUGGGAUUCUGAGCUGGCCCAUAAAAAUACACCAGUCAUAUCCAA